CUUAUCACAGAAGAUCUUUUAAAAAAACCCCUGAAGAAUCACUUAAAAGCCAGUUGCCCAGAUGCAGGAGGAGCAGAAAGUUAAUUCCACCAGGAGUAAAGCUCGUGAGCAUGCGUCAAGUUCUCACGCUGUGUUCGAAACUUCACUUGCAAUACUGAAAAUGAAUAAUAUACGUGACGUAAACUAUAGAUUUUUACUAGCAGUUCCGGAACAGCCGCAGUUUCACGUGGCAAGUGACAGAGAAGUUAGGUUAGAUUACCUAACCAAAUCACACAAAUAGCUUGAAUUCAGAUAAAACAUCACAUUGUAGAGUGGUAAUGCAUGGUAAUUGAUGGUAAUGAGACGAUUAUAGGUACUCAUCUAAUCGUUACGGCACAAAAUCAUAGAAAAACAAAUUAUUAUGCUGUCCAGAGUGACGAUAAAUAUUAUUAGACGAGCGAUAUGCGACAACGCACGUACGCUUUAUUGUGCACAGAGUGUUUUGGAAUCGAAUUUGUCAACGUAUAACAGCAAUACAAGGCAACGUGGUGUUCAAAAGCAAUGUGAUUUUUAUGUAGGAAAAAGAUUCAAAUCUAACAAGAAAAAACCUGCUGACAAAGAUGAUUCUGACGAGGAUACAGAAGAUGAGGCGGAUGAAGUACCCGCAGGUUCCACAUUAAUAACAAAAAAUAUUCAGAAUACUCGAAUGGAUCUUGUUUAUAAAGCUGCAUUCGGCCUUUCACGAAAUAAAAUAGAAGAGGCGUUUUAUGCGAGUCUGUUUCGUGUUAAUGGAAAGAAAGUGAAGAAAAAAUCCAUAGAGAUAAAAGAGGGAGAUGAGAUCGAUUUGAUUUUACAUCGGGAUUCGAACAAUCCCGCAUUUUUACGUGUAAAUAGAAUUGUGAUAUUGUCGCUGAAGCUUGGUAAGAACGAUUCUAUACAAAUUAAAAUGUCAAAAGAUAAAAACUUAUUGAUCGAAGAUUACGACGAACCGUGGACGUCGUCUUCGUAGCGUGUCUUCUCGACGACUCGAUUCGUUAAUUGUGCAUAUAAAAACUAUCGUUUGUAAAACACGCGGUUUUCAAAAACAGACACAUUGUGAGAAAAUGUGUUAAAGAGAGGAAUGUAUAAAUAAUUUAUUUAUAUGUAUAAAUACACAGUCACCCUCCCCCCCACUUAUGUGUAUCACCGACAAUGACAAGUAACAUAAACUAGAGAUUUAUAGCAAAACAUAGGACACGCGUCAAGUUUUGAAUUAAA